AUGACAGCCAAGGCAUCUUGCUUCACGACCCGAUCGCCCGCAUUUUGGCACGCCGUUGAUUUGAUUUCUCGCAGGCUGACCCAUCCCCCCUUGGGGGGGUGGGGUUGUGCGGUGUUUAUUUGUGGGGGUGGUUGUUGGGUCCCCAACAGCCCCAACAGCCCCAACACCCCCAACACCCCCAACACCCCCAACAGCCCCAACAGCCCCAACAGCCCCAACAGCCUCAACACCCUCAACAGCCCCAACAGCCCCAACAGCCCCAACAGCCCCAACACCCCCAACACCCCCAACAGCCUCAACACCCCCAACACCCCCAACACCCCCAACACCCCCAACAGCCCCAACAGCCCCAACAGCCCCAACACCCCCAACAGCCUCAACACCCCCAACACCCUCAACAGCCCCAACAGCCUCAACAGCCUCAACAGCCCCCUCAGCCCCAACAGCCCCAACACCCCCAACACCCCCAACACCCCCAACACCCUCAACACCCUCAACAUCCUCAACAUCCUCAACACCCUCAACAGCCUCAACACCCUCAACAGCCCCCUCAGCCCCAACACCCCCAACAGCCCCAACAGCCCCAACACCCCAACAGCCCCAACAUCCCCAACACCCCCAACACCCCCAACACCCCCAACACCCCCAACACCCCCAACACCCUCAACAGCCCCAACAUCCCCAACAGCCCCAACACCCCCAACAGCCCCAUCAGCCCCUGCAGUAGUCAUGCAGAUCUACAUGUACAACGCCGACGACUUCGACAGCCUCAGUGCAGCGCUCCGGGAGAAGAGGAACAUCGCCGCCAUGGCCGUGUUUUUCCAGGUACGAGUUGGUGUCGUCAUUUUCUAUGUUUACUCAGCAACGAUCAAACCAUUCAGACUAAAAUGA